ACAACUCGAGCUACUGUCCACAAACUUCUGCUGGAGGCAAAGAGAAGGUUCCGAUCCACUUCAUACAUGAGUAUCUUAGUUGUGAGGCUUAUUGUGAUUGACAGAUCAAAGCUGUACAGGUGAGGCUGAUUGACAGGCGGCCCACCUCCAGCCCAACGCAGGGGAAGUGCCCACGUGCCUCUACGUCAUCAGUAGUGGGUGUGAACUUCCUGGUUGUGUGUGUAAACAGUUCCGUUAUCGUGAAGAAGCUCAGCUCCGGUACCGGACCUCAGCGGCUCCUGUCCCCGGUGUGAACAUGACCUGUCCGCUCCUCCCGGUGCUCCUCCCGGUUCUCCUCCCGGUGCUCCUCCCGGUGCUCCUCCCGACCUGCUGCCUGGUGUUUGCGGGGGAUGUGAGCGGAGGCUCCGGCGGCAGCACCGCGGCUCCCCGGCCCUCCGGCUCUAACUCCAGCCGGCCCAACUCCACCCUGAGCGGGCAUUCGCUGAGCGGCUUCUCCGUCGACAGCUCCAUGAUCCAGAGGAGCUUCUACGUCCUCAUCGGGGUCUCCGUCAUCGGGCUGCUCUACUUCCUGGUCCGAGCCGUGAGGCUGAAGAGACCCGGCCAGAGGAAGAAAUACGGUUUGUUGCUGAACGACGCGGUGGAGAUGGAGGAGGUGGAGACGGACGAGGACGACACACUGUUUGAGGCUCGCAGCCUCCGCAGGUCAGCAACACAACUACACAAUAACAACACAACAAGUACAUCUGCCUCACUCCAGAACGCGUGAAGAUCAUUUACAUGUGAGGGAACUCGCUGCUUCCAGAAGAUGAGUCCAGAAGAAGACGUGGAUCAGGAUCAGGGGAGACAGGACUGAUGGACCAAGCUUUAUUAUUAUUCGUAUUAAUAUCACAAUGAAUGCAGAUUGACGCCAAAGCUGCAGCUGCUCCGGGAGCCGAGCAGGAGAAUCAAUAUUUUUUUACGUGGCGUCGGAUGAUGUGAUCCGGGUCGCCCUGACGACACACUGAGCUUCUAACUUGUGUGAUGACGCAGCCGUGAUCAGACUGAGGAGGCGUGGAGCUCCGCCCCCAAGGACUACACAACCACAGACAGACACACACAGAAACCAAAACACACCCCUUCAUGUUUUUCUGUUCAUUCAAAUAAAAGUCCGAAGGUUUUUCUCGGUGCAUAAAUUAGCAGAAGUCACAUGACCUUAGCUUGGUGCUGAAGGACAGCAGCUGAGAUGUUCAGUGGACCAAUGAGGAGACGGCUCCUUCACCUUUCAUCACAGUGUUUUACUUUGAUCUUUGAUUUGUUCAGUGGCAUCAUCUCUUCUUCUGCAGUGGUGUAUCAGCACCGAAGGUAACAGCAGCGCCACCCACUGGUUAUCUCCAGCUCCUGAUGUUCAUUUUGAUUUUGACCAUUUUCUAAAAUCUCAGUUACAAUCUCUUUUUGAAUAAAAUCAAUAAAAAUUGAUUAAAAUCAUCAAACAAACA